GGUGGGUGUAUCCAGCCCAGCCGUUCUGAUGCUAGGAAGCAGCAACUCUUCCAUCCUACUCAGUCUGCUCUCCACUCUCCCUGCUCUCCCGUUUCAGCCAGUCUGUCUGCCCUCUAGCGUAGUACUCUCCUUUCACUCACCGCUAUUCAUCACCAUCUAGGAUAUAUUUACACAAACCCACGUAGGUAGACAGAGCACUGUCCUGGUGGACUGAAGGGUUUGCAUGUGGCUGCUACAUAGAGAUAUAUUUGUAUAUGCAUGUGCAUUAAGCUGGAAAGCUGUAGAAAGUGGGAAUGGAAGUGUGGCAGUCUUGCUGAAACUGAAGUUUCUUCCGCGCUACGUUUUUUGUCCCAAAGGAUACCACACACAGCUGCAGAGGCUGCCAGCUCCAACUGUAGCAAACGCAAGUAGAUGACUGAGAACUCAGCCUCCCAUGAUGGACAAGAAAAGUGCCAAUGGCUUUCAGACAAAGGCCACUGAGGGCGGUGUUCAAAGGAAGCAGCUGCCCUACUCAGUGGAGACCCCUUACGGCUUCCACCUGGACCUGGACUUCCUCAAGUAUGUUGAUGAUAUUGAAAAAGGCAACACCAUCAAAAGGGUCCACAUCCAGCGCAGAGUAAAAGGCCCACCUAAGUUCAGCACUCUACCUAGAAAUUUCAGCCUUCCUGGACAUGGAGCAAGGCCUGUCCCAAAAGAAAAAGACAGUUCAUGGUCUGGGACAUCCACUCUGGGACCCAAGCCUAAAUCACGGGUGACUGAGGUCCAGCAAAUCUUUGACUUCAGAGCAAGUGAAGGGGGAACUUCCAGCCAGAGCAGCAGAGGGGCAACCAGUCAAAGAACCGGCUAUGUUUCAGCCAAACCUACAGAUGAAGCAGGAACAGGGACUCGAGGUGUUGACGAAAAAGCUGUGGGGAUUCAAAGUCGUCCAAAUCUGCUCAGAGCCUCAAGCAUGCCCAUCACCCUACAGCAACGUAAAGGUUCAGAUUCAAGCAGUCCUGACCGUACUGUGGGAACACCAGAAAAUGGCUCAACAGAGAACAUGUUUCGUGCUUCACCAGACAUUACAGAGAGACGGUGUGUUCCCCAGGAUCGGGCAGGGCUUCACCAGCAGAUUACAGUGGCACUGAAGCGGGUCAGAGAGCUGGAAGAGCAGGUUAAAACCAUCCCAGAGCUAAAGGCUCAGAUCUGCUCUUUGAGGGAGGAGAGAGAGCAGCUUCUACUUCAGCUGCAAGCUAAGGCCCAAACCCAGGUUUCCACAUUAUCCUCUACAGUAGCCACAAGUUAUGAUGCUAGGGCAAGCCCCCGGACACAAGGACACAGACCUUCAGAAGGGCUCAAUUUGGCUCUGAUUAGUCAACCUACUGGAGGUUUAGAAGACUCAAAGCCUCUGCCUGCAAAGCCUGUAUCAGGGAAAGAGAAACAAGGUGAGACAGAGAAAAUUAAAGCCUUACCAAAGGAGGGAGACAGUUCCUCACUGCACAUAGAAAUGAGUGGGUUGUCAGCACAAGAACUGGACAGACAAACACUGCCAUCAGACAAAUCUGACAAACGAAAAGAGACAUUAGAGAGUCCACUGGAGCAUGCAGUGCAAAAGCUAUCACGGGAGAUUGCAGGACAGGAUUUAACAUCACUCAGGGUGGCUAUAAAAGAAGCAGAGACUAGCAGUAUUGAAGACAGCAGUGCAUCACAAGAAGGAAAACCUGAGGACCCAGAUAGUAUGCAGAAUCUGCAGGAGAAGUUAAUGAUACUGGAAGCUAAACUUAGUCUGGCUAGCCAAGAACUCGAAAGAAGUAAUGUUCUUUUAAAAGAACAAAUAGAGGAGAACAAGAUGAAAGAGGAGAGAAUACUACAAAUGAGUGAGGGAAUGAGAGUGGAAGUUUGUACGCCAGAAGCACACGAUCGACCGAGAAGAGAGAGCAUUGACACAGGGACAGUGACAGAGAGAAUAGACUUUGCCAACCAAGAAACAGAGACAGAAUCCCCUGGUACAGUGGAUCAGGGGACAGACACUGAUAAAAUCUGUGUGGAAGUGUGUGUACCCAAACCAAGAGCCGGCAGUAUAGAUCAAGGAACAGUCACUAUUAAAGUUGACACUCAUGACCAGGUGACAGAGAUGGAAACAUCGAUAACAGAGAUGAGUCCACCCAGACCCAGAGCCAACAGCAUGGAACGAGGCACAAUAACCGAAAGGAUCACCACUCAGGAUCAGACAACCGAGACGCCCGUGGCUCAAAGGGUAAACCAAGUCACGGAGACAGAUGGAGCGACAGUGACAGACCAUCCACAGAGACCGAGGGCCAGCAGUGUAGACCGAGGGACAGAGACGGAAAGGGUAGGUACUGCGGACAGGGUGACAGAGACAGAAGUAGCGCAAAGGACAGACCAACAGACUGAGACAGAGACCCACAGACGACAGGACAACAACCCAGGCAGAAAUGCAGAAGUGGGGAGUCAAGUGACAGAAGAUGUAGCCAGCCAAAGAGAAGAUGCAGGUACUGUAGUCAGUGAAAGAACAGAAGAUAUAGAAGCAAAAGAAAAAACCAUUGAAAGUGUGGCGGCAGAAGUAGUUGCAGAGAGUUCCGUUAAAGCUGUAGAAAGCAUAGUUUUACAAACUUUAGGUUCAGAUGUUGUAAGCCAGAAAGAAGAGGGUUCCAGUCCAGUUCCUGCAACAGCUGAAGAUAAGCUUAAAGUGAGUCUUGCAAAAGAUGACUCCAAAGCAAGAGAAGAUAUACCCCCAAAGACUGUAGAAACAGAAAUUGUUGAAAUGAAACAGGUUGCCCCAGAGUCUGACAAAAAGAAAGAAAUAGUAGAAGGGGAGAUUGUGUGUGCAACAAUCAAAGAAACUGUGGUCACUGACACUGUUGUAGUAUCAGCAGAGAUUUCAGCUGUGAAGACAGUAGCUCCUGUAAGACCACAGAGAGGCCGGAAGCUCUCAGGGGAGCAGGUGCAGCCGUCCCUUCCUCAACUUCAGGUUGUACCUGUCCGUCCUCGUAGGGGAUCCAGUGAAACACAAUCCCAGCAGACCCAGCCUCAGACAAAAACUCAGCCCUCGCCACAGAUACAGAGUGCACCUGAGGUUGAUGCUAAAUUCAAAGCACAAGUGUCUGAACCAGAGGAAAAACCUCAAACCCCAUCUGUGUCUCAGGUUGAGGACCGCACUGCAGUAAAGACGCCUGCUAAGGAACCUAGUGAGAAAAAAUCUCAAUCACAGCCUCAAGUUGCCACUCAGAGUCCAUCUCCAGGCUCCAGUGAAGUCCAGAUCAGACCCAAAUCAAUUCAACCCCCAUCUCAGCCUCAAAGUUCUGCAUCUCGUCGGGACUCUAAAGAGCUUAAAGCACCACAGAGGGGAUCUAGUGUGUCACAAGCUUCUAGACGUGGGUCAGGAGAAGCCCAGACCCGCCCAACUCGCCAGGUAUCGACGGAUGCCCAGCCUCAGUCUCAGGGCUCUCGUAGAAGUUCCAGUGAGACUCAGCCUCCUAACAAAGAGGCUGGUGAAACACAAUCAUUACGCAGAGGCUCCAGCGAAGCAGCUCAGCGUCGUGGUUCAAGUGAGGCCCAGAUUUCGCGUCGUGACACCGGUGAGACUCAACCUCUUCGUCGCGGAUCCAGUGAGUCGCCAACAUCGCCUGCAGCUUUGGGCCAAGUUGUAACUCGGUUAACGGGGCUUCUAGGAGAACAGUGGGCACAGCUGGGUAGCGGCUCCGGAGCUCAACAGACGCCAGGCCAGCAGGAGAGCCCCAGCACGCAGAAACAGACGACGGGGAAAAGAGCAGAGGCAGGAAAGGGAACGUCAGCCAAGCCUGCGGGGAAAGCUACCCCUGCAGCAACAACAACGGGGAAACCAGCAGGGAAACCUGGUCCUUCCAAAAUGAGCUCCAUUCAGAGUCAACUGGUCAGCUCCCUCAGCGUCCUCUCUGCCUUCUACUCCCCAGGCCAGAAAGCAGCUGCUGCCAGCAAACAGCAAGAACAAGGUCUAAAAUCUAUUAUGAAGAAAAAUGGUGUUGCUGACAAGCAGGGGAGCAAAGGAGCCAAGAAAAACCUGAAGUUUGUUGGGGUGAAUGGAGGCUACGAGACGACAUCCAGUGAGGAGUCCAGUGGAGACGAGAAGUCGAAGGUUGAGGUGGAGGAAGAAGAUAGCUCAGAGCCAGAGGUGGAGAAGGAGAAGGAGGAAGAGGAAGAGAAACAGAAGGAGACUGAGGAGGGAGCAGAAACGCAGGGAAAAGAUGCAGAGGCCUCAGCUGAAGCAGGAGGUGCUGUGGCUGAAGAAAAGGAAGUCGAAAGAGGCCUGCUGGAUCCAGAAAGCAGCCAUGAUCUUCUGGAAGAGCAAGCUGAAGGAGAAAAAGUUGACAAGGGAUUUAUAGACGCCUGCCUUUAUGUGAAGGACAGAAUGGAAGAGGUUUCAUCCCCUGAUAAGGAAAUGCGGCAGGUGUUAGUGGUGCUCUACCAGGAGUGGUUCAGGGUGUCCAGUCAGAAAGACUCACAGGCAGAUACAGUCAGGUUAUACCUACGACAGGUGGGACUGACCACACCCACUCUGCUACCAUAUGUUGUUAACCUGACAGACGGCAAUGGAAACAUGGCCCUCCACUACAGUGUGUCUCAUUCUAACUUCUCAGUGGUCAAACUGUUGCUGGAUACCGGUCUAUGUGAAACAGAUAAUGUGAACAAGGCGGGCUACACUCCAGUGAUGCUGGCUGCACUGACGGCUGCUGAGAGCCCUGAUGAUCUGGAGGUGGCACAGCAACUGUUGAAGCUGGGUGACGUCAACGCGCGCUCCAGACAGGCGGGUCAGACAGCGCUCAUGCUCGCAGUAAGCCAUGGCCGCGUUGCCAUGGUGAAGCUGCUCCUGAGCUGCGGUGCGAAUGUAAAUGCUCAGGACCGCGAGGGAUCUACGGCCCUGAUGUGCGCCAGCGAGCACGGACACACAAACAUCGUUCGUCUGUUGCUGGAGACAGGUCGCUGUGACACCAGCCUCGUAGAUAAGAAUGGUCAGACUGCUCUGUCGGUGGCAGAGGGAGCCUCUCACCAAGACAUAGUUGACCUUCUGAAGGCCCCGGCUGAGGCUAAGGCCUCUGAGCCCAUGUUUACCACAGACCUCCUCUGAGCCAGAGUUCCCUGAACCAUUCCAGCUCGCCGGCCACAAUUCUUCCAUUUCCAUGACCGUCUGCCCCCCAACAUGGAGGGAAAAAGGUGAAAUGAACACACGGUUACACCAGACAGGACAUAUAUGUAAGGACGACACUGAAACCUCUGAGACCAUCUCUGCCAACGUGCCCUGUGGGUGUUUAUGGAUAUGCUGCAUCAACCACUGAAGUGGACAGACAACAAAACGAGCCGGAUGGAUCGAUGAUUUUUUUAUUGCCAUGGUGACAAAUGUGAUUGACAAGAUAUUGAUUAAGACACAGGGUGAUAAUAUAAAGCAGGACAAAGGAUAAACAGAAUGACAAGUGGACAGAGAGACACUCUGAACUGCUGCUUCUUAUCAUCAUGUAACUCUUAAAGCAAAAUACUAAGCACAUGAUCUACCUUUGAAAUAUGAUAUUAAAUAUAACAUUCUUUCUAUUUUUCUUUUACGACAUUGACAUUGUUCUUUUCAUAUUUGGACAUAAGCCAUUAUUGAGAACAUAGUAUAUGUAGAAUGUUAUUCUACCAGAUUAUAACCAUACAAACACAGAAACUGUAUUUUGUACUGCACUUUUUUUAUUGUGUUUGUGUACAGUAAAUAGUCCUCUCUAAUAUCGGUGUCCAGAACAAACUACAGUAUAUAUAAAUAUAUAUCUCCAAAAGUGUUCAAUAUACAUUUAAAUAAUAGAAUAGAUCCUCAAUUUCUAACAGUUCAGUGGCUAUUUGACAUCAUUUAUUGUACUGUUUUUGCCAUAGUAAUCAUGUUUUAUUCACAUAUGGGACAUGACUGAUCAUCGUGUGUGGAUUAUUGAAACAAAUGGUUUAGUCGGAGAUAAAAUGUUGCUGUUGGACACUAAAAGAAUUUUUAUAAUAUAGUAUAUGACCAGAGUGAAGAUAGACAAAAAAAAAUCUUCUCUUAAGAAGAUUGUACCGAACAGAAGGUGCUGCAUGCCAAUACAGUUACUCCCCCUACUGGCUGUCUUGUGAUACUAAACAGCAGUAUGUUGUAAUACUGUCUGUCAUGAUUAACAUCUCUCUCUGUCUCUCCAUCCUUCAGUUCAAAUAUAAUGUACGUCUUGUUCGCCUGCUCGUUUCAAAUCAUGUAUGCAACUGCUACAAAAUGCACAAUGAAUGUCAGGCUGGCUGUGACACAUUCCAAGAAAAAAAAAUGUAGCAAACUUAACUAUACUGGCAUGGAUCAUAGGACUAGCAGAGAUAGAUAUUUCAAAACAGUAAACUGACAACAUGAUAAAUCUACAAAAAUGGGAGGUUGUUUUUCACAGUCUAAGAAGCAAUAUUAAUGAAAUAUUACCGUGUCAGUCAGAAGCUAGGUAGGGUGAGUGAGCUCGGUCUUGCCUUAAUCAGAUGACUGUCCUCCAUCCCAGAGACGCCAUGCUUCCCAGGGAGUAAAGUCUUUUUCUAUUGUUUAACACAAGCCCGCAUUCCUAAAGCAUCGUAAAGCAGGAGUAGUGGUCCUAUAAAAUGUUUACAGUUCAGCGUUUCCCAUGUCAGUGACCACUUCACAUGUCAGACAAAGCGAUAAGUAAUUUAACUUAAUAUAAUUACAUAAUAAAUGAAAUAACAGAAUUUCAUUUCUAAUGAUUUCAUUUCACCGUGAGCCUCCUCAUCCUCCUCUGGAUCAUGAUAGCUAGAGGUAAACAUGCUCUUAAAAGUGAUCUCUGAAUGGGGUAAACUCAGUUUGUGAGGGUCACUGAAGGUAGAAUUUAAAGGGUAAUACCACUCGAUUUUAAAUUUAACUGCCGUAUCUGUGGUCUACAGUGAUCCAGUUUGCAUUUACAGUCGGCAAAUAAAUUACUUUGUACUGAUUCAAGAGUCUAGAAAACUAAUCAAACUCUGGAGAGCUUUCUAGUGUUUGUUUCUUAUCUACAAAUGAAACAUCUCAGUUCAUCUUAUUAGGCAUUACUAUCGCUGGAUUCCAAAUGUAAUCAUUUGUUUCCAUCACAAUAAAUUUUUAUUACAAUGCAUCUUAUUAGCUCCGUAAACUUUUUUUUACAGCAUGAUCUGACCAUUGAUCCUGCACCAAUGUUUUGUUAUUCCCAGACAGUUUCUAAACAUGGGAGCUCAUAUAGACUGAAUAUGAAGAUAGACUCAUCACAUAAGGUUUACAUGGAGCUACAUGUAUUGACUGAACAUGUUUAUCAGUGGCUUAGUAAAGUUAUCCUCAUUUGUUGAGUCACAAAGUAGCACAGAAUUUCUCGACAAUGACGCUGCAUUUACAGCAUCAGUAAAUCUCAAUUUCUCAAAUUUCUGAUUGUCUGUAUAUUCAAGAACACCACGAAAAGUCAGUGUAGCUUCCCACGUUUCAGACAGCCAAAGGGCGAUCAGAUCUGUGCUUUGAGAAGUUUCUGGUGCAUCUGGUCUUCCGUGCCUGCAUAUUACGUCUUUAUAGAAGUCACAUCUAUGUUUAAUCCAGUGUGACCCUGAUGUAAUAAGAUUUCACAUCUGGCCAAACACCAAAGAACUGAAAUCGAAUCUGUUUCACGCGGGAUUAAAUGUAUGUAUUUUAUCUGUUCCUGUAAAUCCAGCCAAAUAUAUGUACAUAUAGUAUUGUGAAAAGUAUAUAACAAGUAUUGUCUGACAGUUUGCUCUAAAAAUUAUAUGAAGUAUUUAUUCCAAAUGCUAUAUUUUUAAAUCAUAUAUAAUAUACUUAUGUAUGCAUGGACAAAUAUUCAAAUGAUACUUCUCAAGGGGGAAUUAAGAUGAUUAAAAAUUAUACUGAGUGUUCCCUGAUGAUGUGAUUAUUUGACUUACCUUUGAUUGGUUGGAUGGUUAUAGUACAUAUAUUAACUGACGAGGUUGUGGACUGUCAUGUGCCCUUUUAUGCUACUUUUGACAUGUGGAGGGGAAAUAUGAAGCAGAUGUGACAUUUACCAGGACUAUGACGGCAACGUCUCCCUUGUUUGAAUACCAGUCAGAGAAUUAAAGUCUAUGUACAGGACAGAGUCAGAUGUAAAGACCUCUCUGUAAUAUUCCUUGUACAACUGGCUUGUCUGUUACAAACCGGAGAACUACUUCUAAAUAAAUAAAGAUUUAAAAGUUA